AUGGUGAUGCCCACCGCGCGGGCGUCGACGUGGACGCGGACGUUCGGGACGGAUCGCGCGGCGACGCGAACGCGGGCGCGGCGCGCGCGCGUGGUCGUCGAGGCGAGUAAACGCGCGUUGGUCUCCGUGAGCGAUAAGACGAAGAUGACGGAACUCGCGGGUGGGUUAGCGGCGCUCGGGUACGAGAUCGUGAGCACGGGGGGGAGCGCGAGCGCGAUCGAGAAGAGCGGCACGGCGGUGACGAGCGUCGAUCGCGUCACCGGGUUUCCAGAGAUGCUGGAUGGACGGGUGAAGACGUUGCAUCCGGGGGUGCACGGAGGGAUUCUGGCCAAACGUGAGGAUGCGUCGCACAUGGAGGCGAUCGCGAAGCACGGGAUCGAUACCAUCGACAUCGUGGCGGUGAACCUGUACCCGUUUCGCGAAACCGUCGCGGGAGGAGGCGAUUUCGCCAAGUGCGUGGAGAACAUCGACAUCGGCGGACCUGCGAUGAUUCGCGCGGCGGCGAAGAACCAUCCGCACGUGUACGUCGUCGUUGAUCCGAGCGAUUACGACAAGUUGAUCGAGCACUUGAAGAGUUCGCCGAGCGCGGAGGACGACUUGAAGUUCAAGCGAGAGUUGGCUUGGAAGGCUUUCCAACACUGCGCUUCGUACGACUCCGUCGUCGCGGAGUAUCUUUGGAGCCAAAUCGGCGGUGGUGCUCCCGCACCGGAGCUUUCGGUGCCGAUGACGCUCACCGCGGCGCUUCGUUACGGCGAGAACCCGCAUCAGCCGGCUGCCGUGUACGCCGACGGCUCUCUCGCGGAAGCCGCAGGCGAGGGUGUCGCGCGCUCGAUUCAGCACCACGGUAAGGAGAUGAGCUACAACAACUACCUCGACGCCGAUGCCGCGUACGGGUGCGCCUGCGAUUACCCGACGAGCGACCCGACGUGUGUGAUCGUCAAGCACACAAACCCGUGCGGCAUUGCCAGCGCCAGCGGCGCUGGCGGCGAUCUCCUCGAAGCCUACCGCAUGGCUGUUCGCGCCGACCCGAUCUCGGCCUUUGGUGGUAUCGUCGCUUUCAACUGCACCGUCGAUGCGGACAUGGCGCGCGAGAUUCGUGAGUUCCGUUCGCCGACGGAUGGCGAGACGCGCAUGUUCUAUGAAAUCGUCAUCGCCCCGUCCUACACUCCGGAGGGCUUGGAAGUGUUAAAGGGUAAGUCCAAGACUCUGCGCAUCUUAGAGACCAAGCCGCGAUCGGGCGCGACGAAGAGCUUGCGUCAAGUCGGCGGUGGCUGGCUCGAACAAGCCUCGGACUCGCUCGUUCCCGAGGACAUCGUCUUUGAGCCCGUCUCCGACGUCAAGCCGACGCCGGAGCAACUCGAGGCGCUCAAGUUCGCCUGGCGCGCGGUCAAGCACGUCAAGUCCAAUGCCAUUACCGUCGCCACCAAGGGGCGACUUCUCGGCAUGGGCUCUGGUCAACCCAACCGCGUGAACUCGGUGCGCAUCGCUCUUGAAAAGGCGGGCGACGAGACGGAGGGCUCUGUCCUCGCCUCCGACGCCUUCUUCCCGUUCGCCUGGGGCGACUCCGUGGAGAUCGCGUGCCAAGCUGGCGUGAAGGCGAUCGCCCACCCCGGUGGCUCCAUGCGUGACCAAGACGCCAUUGACGUGUGCAACAAGUACGGCGUCGCCCUCGUCACCACCGGUCACCGCCACUUCCGCCACUAG